AUGCGGCGACGACGAAAGCGCUUGCCUCGUCGAGUCGUGUUGCGCCUGCAAGUUCGUCCGCGAGCGCCUCCGCCAGCGCCUCCGCGAGCGCCUCCGCGCCACCUCGCAGGAAGCAUUCUUAGGACUGCUGGAAUAAUCAGGCUUCUAUUGGAGACUCCUACUGGUUUCGGAAUUUUCUCAUUUGAUGGGGCCCACCUAAAGAAAGAUUAUAAUGACAUCUGGUCGUACUUCGCGGAUGAACUUUGGCUGAAAAAUGCCAUCUGGCUUAAAGAACUUUUACUGUUCGAGAACAAGUCUAUUGCCAUUAACCUUGAAACUGGGGAUAUUCACGCCAACCUGGUCGAGUUUUUGAAGAAGUGGUGUGACUCCAAGGAGAAGCUAGUUGUUGAGAGGGAGGAAUAUAAAAGGAUAAUAGAAAGAAACAUGGAAAUAACCUGUCUCUAUGAUGAUAAUGUGGAGGAGGUUAUGUGGGGUCUGAAGAAUAACAUGGGAUAUCUAGUGCUGGAGGAAAAAACAGUGCUGGCUAAGAAGGUUUGCCUCCCCAUGAGCAAACGAUUUGAGAUGUUCUUAAGUCGAUAUGGAUUUGAUAUGAAGCCAGAGAUGGUUAAUAACCAUAUUGCUCAGAAGGCUGCCAUUCUCCAUCGUAACGAUUUAUCGAUGGAGAAACACUCUGUAUUCUUUGACCUUGUUCGCGAGUCUAUUAAAAAUACAUCAGCCAUGGACACUGUGGGUUGGAGUGCAAUCAAACUUGCAACUGCUGCGGUAAUGAUGUGUUAUCCUGAAAAAAUACCUGAAGCUUGUGACCGUUCCAAGAUUUUCUCACCGCAUGAACGCUCAAAGAUAAAAGAGUAUGCAUCCGAAUGUCAAGACGUGCUAUUGAAGAGCGAUCCCUGGGUAGUAUACAAAAAUGUUCUGUUUCUGAGUGAAAAGAGGUCCAAAGCUCUGGCGCAGUUGACUUGCUUGGUUGAGAAAACUGAUGCUGCUUUCAAAUCUGACGAAGCAUUUGUUAUGUCUGAACCAUUACUAAUACCAGAAAAAAUAGAAUCAAAUGGUGAGUCUGAAUCUUCUAGAACAAAAUUUGUGCCGGUGGGAAAUGAAUUAAAGCAAGUCGACUCUAUAUUCGUAACUACUGCAGACCAAACAAGCAUUGCAGAAGGGCAACACUGCCUGGUAUCAGAUGCAGGCACAGAGAUGUAUGCUGUACAACACACAAAUGACACCGAACGAAGUAAGCACAGAGAUGACACUGAAGGCACAGAGAUGUAUGCUGUACAACACACAGAUGACACCGAACGAAGUAAGCACAUAGAUGACACUGAAGGCACAGAGUUGUAUGCUGUACAACACACAAAUGACACGGAAGGAAGUAAGCUAGCUGAAAAUGUUGGUGGAAAGAAAGCAACUGAAGCAUGGUGCAUGGGAAAUUUUGAGGAAAGGGAUCACGCGCAAGACACUGGAGCAGAUGAUGUGCGAGAACAAAUAAUGGAUAAUCUUGGUGAAAAGAGUAUGUGUGCAAAGAAAAUGGAUGAAAACAUUGAUGCAGACUAUGUUGAAGACCAGUAUAAUAACAAGAGCUCCAGAAGGAACAGAUGGCCAUGGACGCUAUGUAUUUGCUGCUACACCGUGCAGUGA